AUGCUUACAGAAAGAAUUCCCGAAUUCAGUGUUGCAUCCCUCCUUCAGUUUAGUGAUAAUAUACUUUCAGUGGGACAAUCAGUUGCUUUUGAUACAUUAAGGGGGAAUGCAUGGUGUUACGAAACAGGGAAUGUAACGUUUCUUUCAGACUAUGUGGUCCGUGUCCUUGUUUCACAAGAUGUGUCUGUGAUACACAAAAAACAAGAAGUGGAGUUGCUGAAAAAACGUCUACAUGAACUCUGUGAAACACUUCAACGCGGAAGGGCUGCAGUUGAGGAAGAGCGUAUUGCUUUACUACAAAAAAAAAUUGACGACGCGCGACAGUUGGUGAAGGGAAUUGAAGCACAUUGCCUGAAAGAAAUUCAAUCAUACACAGUUCCACCACCCAUCAUUAAACAGAUAUUAGAUGAUAUCAUAAGAAUUAUUGGAAUUAACAACAAACAUCAUACAUGGCGCAAUACACAAGCAGCCAUAAAACAGCCUGGGUUUAUUGCCCUUGUUUCGGAAUUUGAUUCUUCUAAGUUAACAUCGAAGCGACGAAAAGAAAUUCUUCAGUAUUGUGUAAGUGGAAAUAUUUCGAAAGCAAAUGUUUACAGGGCUUCACAAGCAGCUGGAAUUCUGCACGAAUGGGUACUAGCACAGCUUUCAUAUUUAGAGGCGGAAGGGUCUACCUUGCAUGGGAUUAGCUCACACAGUCAUAAUAAGCUCGAAUCUAUUAUCCACGAGAUUCAAGAAGUGGAGAGCCGCAUAAGGACCCUAAAGCAAUCUAUUAAAAGGAGUUCGUCUGUUGUGUCACCAGAAGAAAGAACAAUACUUCGAUCUUCCAUAAUAACAACACUUCCAGCAAAUCAACCCAUAGCGAAUAUUGCUGCGUUACACCGACCAGAACUGCUCGCGUACCUUGCAUCACACUCAGAUGAAUACAAAAAUCAAUUGCACAUGAUAAAUUUAGGUUCAACACCCACUCCAGAAAACGAAGUUCAAGAAAAAUGUAGCAGUCUUAAACAGGAGUAUGAAAAGCCCAAGUCCGAAAAAGAUAAUGAAAGAGAAAAGUCAAAUAAUUAUAUUGGUGAACUGGAGACAGAGAUGCAAGAAAUUCAGUCAGACAAAGCAAAUGUCCCAGAGAAAUUUGAUGAUUCUAAAAGAGAGAAAGAACCCAUCAAAGAUAGCCUCCAAUGUACUCAAUUAGGUUUAGGUGAACAACAAGCACAAAGUAAUAAAAGUAUACAAGAAAUUUAUCAAAUACUAUCUGAUACCAAUAAGGAAAAGGAAAGAAUUGCUCUCCCUCGGAACAUUACAGAAAUAAAAGAUCAAAACGAGUCUAAUCUACAGCGUGAAGUAGAAGAACUUAGGUUUAAAGUGAACGAUCAAGAAGCCAAUCUUCUGAGACUACAAUGUGACAGAGAUAAAUUAAAUUUGCAGCUUAAAGAAAAAGAAGAAGAAAAUCUUAUAUUACAAGCUGCUCUUGAUAAAGCCACAGAGGGGGAAAACGAUAAGCAACGAGAGCUUAAUUAUGUGUUGCACAAAAUGCACGAUCUUGAAAAGAAACUGGGUACUGAAAAAACUACAAAUACGAUAGAAGAUAGUCCGAAAUCCCAAGACCAACAACUCCUAGAAUCUGGUGAAAAAUACUCAGAAAAAACCCCAUUACACAGUUUGAAUUUGGAUUGUGGACACCAUACGUUGUACCAGGCGGAGAAAAGUACAGCCUCAGAAAAAACAAUAAAGGAAUUUACCCCACAAGAAAAAGAACAAGAAAAACUUUUUCUACAAAAACAAACAGAGAAUCCUGUUCAGCAGAAAUUGCUAGAACAACAAUUAUACCAAAUUCAGCAAGAACAAAAACAACUUGAGGAAGAACAUCGAAACUCUGCAACAUUAACUAGGGAAAAGGUUAAACAACCACGUGACGAUCGACCUUCUUUCAGCAAAGAAAAAACUGGUAGACAGAGAAGAUUUUCUCAAAAAAGUACUACAAAACCAAAACAAAAUACAAGCCCGUCAAAAAUGGAGGAAACGGAAAUAGUUAAAGACACUUUGCCAAACGACGAUAAAAAGAACGACCAAAUCGACAUUCCUUGUCGACACUGCAGUGAACGACAAAAAUUACUUGAUCAAUUAAGUCUUACGAAUAAUAACCUAAAGAAGGAGCUUGAUACACUGCAUAUUACCAAUAACAAUCUGCAGGAGGAGCUUUGUGCGCUACGCAUUACCAAUGAUAAUCUACGGGAGGAGCUUGAGUUACUCAAAGUUACUAAGGAUCAGCUACAGAAAAAGCUUGACCAAUCGCACGAUGCCAAUUAUAAUCUGCAGAAGGAAAAAUAUGCAGAGCUGAAAGACCGUAAAAAUUACACGAAAGAGGUUGAUGAACUGCGCCAGGAGAAUAAGAAGCUGCACGCACAGCUGGAGGAACUUGCACACUCGGGUAAGGAGCUGAGUGAUAUGGGUCUCCUGAACGAGGAGCUGCGAGCGGAGCAGGACAGAAUGCUUCCAGAGGAGCUGCUGGUGUUGUUGUCGUCACGUGAAGAGAGUGAGACUCAUAACGAGUCUCAUGCUGAGGAGCUGAGUGACGUGCCGCGCACACGCUUUGUUGCCGUGGAGGAAAUGGGAGAAGUGGCGCCGCGCGAUAUGCAGUUGUCGCCUACAAGGGAGGUAACUCAGCAGAAGGAGCAGGAGACGCCCGUGUAUGCGGAGGAAAAGGAGCUGUGUGAGCUCGACCGACCGACCUUUGUGCCGGCUGAUGAGCUGGAGCAGCUGCGGCGCGCCCACAAGGAGCUGAAUACAGAGCUAGGUAGGGUAAAGCAGUCAAAGAAAGAGAUCGAGACGAUAGCAGAAACGAAGAAAGAACUUGCACAAUGUGCUCACGGAAUAAAGCGAGGAAAAGAAAGAAUAACUCGUAUCAAGAAGACGUUUAAUGACGCGAUUGCAAAGUUCCGUGGACAUCGACGUUCUACAAUAAAUCCGAUCCGAAAGACGGUGUCUUUUCGUAAAGAGUUGAAUGAAGUACCGCGCACACGCUUUGUUGCCGUGGAGGAAAUGGGAGAAGUGGCGCCGCGCGAUAUGCAGUUGUCGCCUACAAGGGAGGUAACUCAGCAGAAGGAGCAGGAGACGCCCGUGUAUGCGGAGGAAAAGGAGCUGUGUGAGCUUGACCGA